AUGAUCUAUGGUUUGGUGUUGUUCCCGAAUAUCCCGAAUUUCGUCGAUCUCACUGCCAUUUGCCUCUUUAUGGAUCAAAACCCCGUGCCUACUCUCUUGGCAGAUACUUAUUAUGCUGUUCAUUCCAGGUAUGGGACGAAGGGAGCCGUUGGAGGCUGUUUGCCGUUGUUAUACGAGUGGUUCACUUCACACUUGCCUAAAAGUGGACCGUUUGUCACAACAAGAGACUCACAGAAAUGGCCUCAAAGGAUCAUGGGGCUUACGGCGAAUGACAUCGUUUGGUAUCACCUUGGGAAAGGGAUAGAGGAAGUUAUCACUAGAUGUGGUAGUUUUGACAACGUUCCCCUCAUAGGAACGAAGGGAGUUAUCAAUUACAAUCCGAGGCUAGCGCUGCGCCAGUUGGGUUUUGCACUAAAGGACAAGCCGUUAGACAAGGAAAUAUUUGAAUCUGUUUGCUUUAAGAAAGGGGCUGAUCCAGAGGGUCUAGAAAAAGUGAGGAGCGCCUGGAAUAGUAUUCAUACAGAUAACCGAACUUCCUUAGGAGGGAAGAAUGCCGUUGCUAAACAAGCUUACACUGAUUGGGUGAAAGAUAGAGUCAAGGAGCGCCUGUUGCCUUUCCCGAAGGUUAAACCAUUGUAUGAACAACCACCUGAAGUUUUAACUGCCACUGUGCCAGCUGAAGACUAUGCCCAGGUACAUGUGGAAAACAUCUGGUUGCGUGAGAAGGGGGAAGAUGCUAAGAUAGAGUACUUCUUGGUGAAUCAGAAAAGGGCUGAAUUAGCACACGAGAUAAGGGAUACUUGGAAAGGGGAUGCUGAAGUUAUGGAUCUAAAGUGCCUUGAUCUCCGAGAGGAGCUUGUUACGCUACAGGAGAAGGUUAAAGCUGCAAAUUCUUUUCAAAAGUAA